CGGGGGCGGUCGUGGAGUGCAAAUCGAGGCCCAGGCUUCGAAGGGGCCCUAGGCCGCGUUCAUGUAUAAGGGGGCAGGGCUCUCGCCCGUUCUCCGCCGGCUCGUCCCGUGGCGUUUGAGCGGAGGAGGGCGGGAGCGGCCGCAGAAAUGGGCGUCUGGAUGCUGCUGCUGCUGCUCUGCUGUGGAGCCUCCAGCGCCGCGAGCAUCUACCUGAGCAGCUGGGCCGUGCUCGUCCCUAGCGGCGCCCAAGAGGCCCAGCGCCUGGCCCGCAGGCACGGGCUGCUCUACCUGGGCCAGGUGAUUGCAGGGGAGCCCUACUUCCACCUGAAACACAGGGGCAUGGCUCAGAAAUCUUCAACCAGGCACCGGGGGUGGCAUCUCCGCCUGAAAAGAGACCCUCAGAUCCCGUGGUUUGAACAGCAGGCGCUGAAGAGGCGGACAAAGAGAACGGCCACGAUUGUCCCCACCGAUCCGUGGUUCCAUAAGCAGUGGUACAUGAACAACGAUAUCACUCCAGACCUCAACGUCCUCACCCCAUGGAGCCAGGGCUACACUGGCUUAGGCGUGGUGGUGAGCAUUUUGGACGAUGGGGUGGAGAAGAACCAUCCUGACCUUGAGGCGAACUACGAUCCUCUGGCAAGUUACGACUUUAAUGACAAUGACCCAGACCCUCAGCCACGCUACAACAGGUGGAAUGAGAACAGGCACGGAACACGCUGCGCAGGAGAGGUUGCCGCUGCCGCUAACAACCACGUCUGUGGAGCCGGUAUCGCGUACGGGGCCAAAAUUGGGGGCGUGAGGAUGCUGGAUGGCGACGUGAACGAUAUCGUGGAGGCCCAGUCGUUGAGUCUCCAGCCACAGCACAUCGACAUCUACAGCGCCAGCUGGGGUCCCGAGGAUGACGGGAAGACGGUGGACGGCCCGGGGGUCCUGGCCAGAGAGGCCUUUCACAAGGGGGUAGCCAAUGGACGCGGAGGGCUGGGCUCUGUUUUCGUCUGGGCCUCCGGGAACGGCGGUCUUCGGAAGGACAACUGCAACUGUGACGGCUACACCAACAGCAUCUACACCUUGUCCGUGGGCAGCACCACCGAAAGUGGCCGAGUGCCGUGGUACACCGAGGCCUGUGCCUCCACCCUCACCGCCACCUACAGCAGCGGGGCCAAGGGCGAGAAGCAGAUUGUGACUACAGACCUGCGACACACCUGCACAGGGACUCAUACGGGGACCUCCGCCUCGGCUCCCCUGGCAGCUGGCCUGAUUGCCCUGGCUUUGGAGGCCAACCCAGCUCUGACCUGGAGAGACAUGCAGCACCUGGUGGUAAGAGCUUCCAGCCCAGCUCACCUGCAGGCGAACGACUGGGUCCUGAAUGGAGUGGGGCGCAAAGGUGAGGCUGGGCCCAACCGUUUUCCAGGAAGGGCCAUCGCUUCACGGCUCUCCGUCUCCCAGAACGUCUCAUCCUUUCCCUGCCUCCAGAGGAGAAACCGAGGCAUCCGUUCUUUGGAGCACGUCCAGGUGCAAUUGUGGCUCACUUACAGCCGGAGGGGAGAUCUGGCCAUCUCGCUGACCAGCCCUAUGGGAACCACCUCCACGCUGGUGGAUGUCAGGCCCUACGACACCAGCAGAGAAGGCUACAAGGACUGGUCGUUCAUGUCGACCCACUACUGGGAUGAAGACCCCCAGGGCACCUGGACCCUCCUUCUGGAAAACAAGGGCGAUUCGUAUAACGCAGGGCUCCUCAAGAACUUCGUCUUAAAACUCUACGGCACGGAUGAGGACAUGACGGCCCGACAGGCAGCUCCCUCCGUGGUGACCAAAUGUGAGCGGCACAAUCGUGAUGGGACGUGCCAGGAAUGCCCCAGCCCUCUCCUCGCAGUCCGGCACCUCUGCCUCUCCUACUGUCCGCCCAGGUACUACCGCUUGUCCCAACGGCUCUCCACCCCAACGGGACCCCGCGCCACCAUCGAAGCCUGUGCCGCCUGCGACCCUUCUUGCUACACCUGCCUGGCAGGGUCGGCUCACAACUGCAGCGCCUGCCCGUCCCACAGCACCUACGAGGGGCGCACCCACACCUGUCCGCGCUCCCCCUCCUUCUCCUACCUGCCCCGCAGAGGGCUUUUCGCCUUGGGGGACGCGCGUCUUCUGCUCCUGAUCGUGGCCAUCUUGCUGGGCCUGGGACCCGUGGCCUUUUGUACCUUCUACACUUUGUGUCGCGCACGGCGGCGGAAACAGGUGCGAUCCGACGCCGAAUCCGAGGCCGUCAGCCUGGAACUGCUCUACCUCCACCGUCCCGGGGCCAAGGAGGGCUUGAACAGAGUGUCCUAGAAACCGAGACGGGGCAGGCCGCCCCCUCAUCCUGAAUGACUUGAAACCUUCUCCCCUCUUGUUAUUUAUUUCUCCAAACGGGUUC